AGGACUGCAGUGCACGCCGCCAGCCUGGCCGCAUUGUUGCGCUCGUGGGAUGGGGCGGCUGGCCGGAGACGGGGCAGCGGCCGUCGGACGGGUACAUUUUUCUUCUGGAGUCAAAGAGGACCUACUCCCAAGAAAUCCGCAUGUUUGAGUCUCCCCCUCUGCCAUGGAAUCCUGGCCUUUGUUGGCCUGGGUCUUCCUCCUUAGUCUCCUUCCAAGCCACUUGAAAGUAAUCCAAGCCCGAGACUUUACAGUAAAAGAUAUUGUCUACCUUCACCCUUCAACCACUCCGUACCCUGGUGGAUUCAAAUGUUUCACUUGUGAAAAAGCCAUAGACAACUAUGAAUGCAACCAGUGGGCUCCAGAUAUCUAUUGCCCCAAAGACACACGAUACUGUUAUACAGAACACAUGCUGGAAGCCGGUGGGAAAAGCAUAUCUGUUACAAAGCGCUGUGCGCGUCUGGAGCACUGUCUGUCUACCGGAUGCCUAGUUUUCCCAGAUGGACUGAAGAUCUGCACUUCUUGCUGCGAAGGAAACAUCUGCAACUUGCCAUUGCCCAGAAAUGCAACUGAUGCAAUAUUUGCCACAACAACCCCCAUAAACCACACCCAAAGACAUUGGGAAAAUGCAUCGGUGGUGAUGUCAUUUCUCCUGUUCAUCUUUGCUGCACUGGUGUCCUAGGAUUAAGUUGCUGGUUAUGCAUCAAGGAUGAAAAUAUUUAUGCAUAAAUAUUUGACCUUAAUUUAAUAUAUGUUUCAAAUCUUACUUUUUUAACUUGCAUUUCUAAAUUUACUUCUGUACUUGGUUUUAGCCUUGAAUGGUUCAAAAGCCAUACUUUCUGAUUUGUGCAUUUUGAAAGUGGGGGGAAGUUUGUUGUCUGUCAGUUCUUUGAAGGCAAAACUUGUUUUGGUCCUCAAACAUAUAUGAAUAUCAGAGAGAGAUCACAUGAUCUGGUCCUUCUGAUAUUCUGCCCAAAGGAGGUAUUUUGAUAUAGUUCCAUUUCUGUAUGAGAAAAGGAAUAAUAUCUCUGCUAGAUGGAGUCCAUCGUUCGUAGUUUUUAUAAGCAUUUUUACUAAAUAUAAUUUUCCAAGAAAUUCCUGUUUGCUAGAGGUGCUUUUACGUAAUUUUUAAUGGAUUAAGAGAUGAAUCUGACCCAUUAGUCAGCCAAGGCUGAUGUUCUAUUCAUGCUUAGUCCUGUUGGGUUGAAUGGACAUUCCGUCUGAGAAAACAUGCUUAGGAUUAAAAAUGUAAGAAAAGAAAAGAAA